AGACUGAGUUAUUUGGGAAGAAGAUGAAGAGUACUGCCAGGCCUUGGAGUGCAAUGGCAAAGCAAGGGAGUCAUGGGGUUGACAGAGGAAAAUCGCUUUCCACCACCUCAACAGGAAUGAAGACAUCCAAGUCCUCGACUUCACUUGCCUUUGAGUCUCGGCUCAGCAAGCUGAAGAGGGCAAGCAGCGAUGACAUGCUGACAAAACCAGGGGUGGCAGCAGCUUCUGGAGUCUCUAGACUGAAGAAGACCAUUACAACAGGAGCGAUUUCUGAGCUUGCUGAGAGUCGACUGAAGCCCAGCACAGGAACAGUUUCAGCUGCAAAGCGCACAGGGAUUCCAGCACCCCGGGAAAUAUCAUCAUCUGUAUCCAGAGAGCGAGCCGUAUUGCGUGGUCAAGCCAAUACUAGGAAAACACAACCCAGCCCCACCUCUUCUGGUACACCGACUCCUACCAAACACGUGCGCCCCACUAGCAAGUCCAAGCAAGAGAAUGAAACUGGUGACAAGGCUGUUCUGGAAUCUCAGGUUAAAGAACUCCUGGCAGAAGCAAAGACAAAAGAUUCUGAAAUUACCAAACUCCGUUGUGAAUUGAAGAAAUGCAAAGAGAAAGGGUCACUUAAUGCUGAAGGAAUGGGUGCUUCCAACCAAAAUUUAGAAACAGUAUCACCUGUUGACAUAGAUCCAUUAAUACGGACCCUUCAGGAAAAAAACAGGACUUUUCAAAAAGAGCUUGCUAGCCUGGGAGAAGAAAAUCGUGUUUUGAAAGAGAAAUUGCUUUAUCUAGAGAACUCUCCUCUCUCAGACACAACAACAAGCAGUGGAGGUGACAGCAGCCUCCCAACCCCAACUACCCAAGAAUCCAGUUUUGGAAGCCCAUCGAAAAAUGUGUCAAGAGGUGAAAUGGAUGAGCACAGGCAGCAUGUGAAUGGGGGUGCGCUGCGCAAUUCAGGUUCUUCCAGCAGUGAUGUAACUAAAGCUUCCUUGUCACCCGAUGCAUCUGAUUUUGAACAUAUAGCAGAUGUACCUUCCAGGCCAACAUCCUCCAACAGCAACCACUUCAAAGGUUCCAAAUGCUCCACUGCAGGAAGUUCUCCAAACAAUAUUAGUGACCUUUCUGUUGCAUCUCUUACAGAGAGAAUACAAAAAAUGGAGGAGAAUCACCACAGCACAGCAGAAGAAUUGCAAGCCACUUUGCAGGAGCUGUCAGAUCAACAGCAAAUGGUGCAGGAGCUGACAACAGAAAAUGAGAAGCUAGUGGAAGAGAAAGCUCUCCUGGAGACUUCCUUUCGUCAACAUAGAGACAGAGCAGAACAGCUGAGCCAAGAAAAUGAGAAGCUAAUGACGCUUCUCCAAGAGCGAUCCAAGAAUGAAGAAAGCAGAGCUCAGGAGGGGAAGGUCCUUGAACUGGAACAGAAAUGUGCAGAAGUUCUUGAAAAAGCACAAUUUGAAAGAGAGAAAUUGCUCAACAUUCAGCAACAGUUAACCAGCAGCCUACGAAGCUUAGAAAGGGAGCAUCAAGAUGCCCAGCAGGUGAUUAAAAGCCUGAGAGAAGAAAAUGAGAAGCUGCUUAAACUUCUGGAAGUGGAACAGCAGAGCAACAGCACAGUGACAAAAACUCUGGAGGACUGUAAAAUUGCCUUAGAAGGUUUAAAAAUUGAGAAUGGCUCUCUCAAAACUCAGUUAGAGAGUGAGAAACAAAAGGCCGCAGAAAUCAACGUGAUGGGAUGUACUACUGACAACUCUGAGGUCCAAGAGAUGCUGAAAGUAGCCCAUGCAGAAAAGGAUCAGUUAGAAGCAUCUUGCACUGAGCUUAAACAAGAGCUGCUGAAGGCAAACAGUGAACUGAAGCACAUUCAGGGUCUGCUAUCUAAGGCUGAGAAUGAGUGUGGUCAGCUGAAGGAGGUGUGUGACCGGCAGGCUGAGCAACUGAGCAGAACCAGCCAGAAGCUGCAGGAAAAAACAUCAGAGAAUGAAGCAGAUAUAAAAAACCUGAAAGAGACCAUUUUUGAGUUGGAGGACCAGGUGGAACAACAUCGUGCUAUAAAACUUCACAAUAACCAGCUCAUCAGUGACCUAGAAAGUAAAGCAAUGAGGCUGGAAGAACAAAAACAAGAUACAGAGAGGCAGCUGAAGGCUCUGACUAAGCAAAUGAAGGAAGAUACAGAAGAGUGGAGGCGUUUUCAAGCUGAUCUGCAGACAGCAGUGGUUGUAGCCAAUGAUAUUAAGUGUGAAGCCCAGCAGGAGCUCCGUGUGGUAAAGAGGAAGCUUCAGGAGGAAGAGGAGAAGAGUGCCAGACUGCAGAAGGAGCUGGAUGAAGUGAAGGGCAGCAACAGGCUGACAGCUGAAGAGGUAGAAUCUCUAGAGGCAGAUACAACCAACCGCUGGCAAGGAGUCUGCAUUAGCAGAGCAUCUCCCACACCAUCAGAAUCUGCAGCCACUGUGAAGUCACUGAUAAAAUCAUUUGACUUAGGAUGCUCAGGUAGCACUGGACAGAACAUCACGGUUCACAAGGUCCCCAGGAGCCCUCUAAGUGGAAUUCCAGUGAGGACAGCCCCAGCAGCUGCUGUUUCCCCCAUGCAGAGACAUUCUGUUUAUAAUAAUGCCAAGCCAGCCGGCAAGGGCGUUGCCAGACACACAGAUCUUUCAGACCUUCCUCUUGCAGACCUUCUGAAGGGGAGAAAUGAAGAGCUGAAACCAGACCAUUACCUCCGUAAAAGCCCCUCCCUGGAAUCCCUGAGCAAACCCCCUAUGGCCUUCAGCAGCCGAAUGCUUGCCUCUACCCCCAGCAGCUCGAAACCCCAAAGCAAACUCAGUGUGGAGAGAAAGGACCCGCUGGCAGCCCUGGCUCGGGAGUAUGGUGGUUCGAAGAGGAAUGCUCUGUUGAAAUGGUGCCAAAAGAAGACUGAAGGUUACCAGAAUAUUGAUAUUACCAACUUCAGCAGCAGCUGGAGUGAUGGGCUGGCCUUCUGCGCUCUCCUGCACACGUAUUUGCCUGCACAUAUUCCUUACCAGGAGCUCAACAGCCAGGAUAAAAAGAGAAAUCUGCUGUUAGCAUUUCAAGCUGCUGAAAGUGUAGGCAUCAAACCCAGCCUGGAACUCAGUGAGAUGAUGUACACGGACCGGCCAGACUGGCAGAGUGUGAUGCAGUACGUCGCCCAGAUUUACAAGUACUUUGAGACCUGAGAUGCAGAGCAAGAAGUGGACAGAAGUGGGGAAGAGAACAAAGAAUGCUACAGAUGCACUCGAUCACUUUAAAAAUCCGCUUGCUCCUCUUCCACAACCAACCUAAGCUCUUAGUUUGAAAGAAAGCUCUUCCAUAAUUUUGAUUACAUCUGGGACUGCAACCAAAUAAAUAUCCACUGUCCAUCUAUACAAAUCAAAUUAAUCUGUAAUAUUAUUCCCAUGUGGAAAUUGCAAAGCAUUUUCAAACACAUGUGGGAUAUUUCUGAAGAGGAUCCCUUGUGCUAAACAAUGUUUGCCUCAAACCAGACUCCACCAACAGGAGACCUGCUACAAAAUGAAGUUCUGAAUCGAUGUGAACUAUGCUGGCACUCAAGGGAGGCUGGGAGAUUCAUAUUAAUACAAAAGCUCACAAAAAUGCUCUUCUUGCCAAAACAUGCUGAACUCAUCCCAAAUACAUGUUGUUUUCUUGCCUCCAUAUAUUUGAUAAAACAUCAUGACAGAUGCACAUAAGUGUGUAGAACCUUAACCUGAGUUAUUCUUGCACAUCUCACCCAAUAAGUAUACUAGUUUGCUUGUCAUAGCUUAACCAGCAGGAUAAUAACAGGAUCAUUUGUAACUCAGAAACCAUGCUCUGUUCCAUCACCAGUUAGUGAAAGAACUCUAAAAGAUCCUGUUAGGUGCUGGGUCUUCAUGUCAGAUCAAACAGAAGGAAUCUCUUUGAGGAAAAAUAGGUUUAUUACUACAACUUCGUUACGUGAUUACUACGGGAAGCCAGAGCUCGGUUUCCCAGCUGACUGUGCAGGCACAGUUAUCACAGGAAUAUUGCAAAUGCAAUUUACUAGCUUUAGUUUGCAAGGUGCCAGUAAUCAGGUGAUGACUUUCUAAGCAAUACAGUGACAUCUCAGUAGUUCAUUUUUUUGUGGACUGAGUGGAGUAGCUUCUUUCUUCUGUGUUGAUCCUGUAUAAUCAGCACAGAUACGUAACUGCUGUGUAGAGGCAUGAAUCUUGAGACAGCCUGUGCCCUGUCCAAUAAUAUGUAGUCCAUAGGGCACUGUUACAUGCUUGGAAGUGAUGUUACCCUGUAAAGGAACACAGUAAUAUAUUAGUACCAAUGGAAGUUGCAACUUCACGGGUUACAAAGAAUGUAACUGGAACCCCUCUCUGUGUCAUGGAAAUCUCAAAGGCGCCAGAGAAUAGCUUUCCAGCUCAAUAAUACUGUUAGUAAAAUGUCUGAAAGAUACUGUUUAAUUUCCAUUAUACCGUUUCU